CAGCGACCCGGACUUUCGCUGUAAUAGCUUGCUCUAUAAAGCCACGUAUCGAACAGACCUCUCUAGGCACGCAAUGCUAUAGGGAACCGAACAACUUGCACCUAACUUUCGACAUCCCACAGCAAUCUCCUUUAGCACACCGCGUUCCGAAUCCUUAUCCGCUGUAAAGCUUCCCUCGACAACAUGGAGUACAACGACAAGCCAGCGGCCGCUCCGCAGAAGAAAAAGAGAGCUUACGCAGCUCAGGCCUAUGAGUUCGGAGCAAAUGCCCCCAACCAGGCCGCUCAAAUGCCCUCAGGUCCAGCCUACGGAGCAUUUGGGCCGCAGCCGAUCGCAUCGCCGCAACUUGGAGCUCCUCAGAUGGGCACGCCGACACCAUAUGGAGGACAACCUCCUGUGCCUGGCACUCAAGAUCAACUGGCCAACCAAUUUGGGCAGAUGAAUAUUCAGCAGCCGCCUCCUCACACAACGCCAGCGCCACAAGCUCACAUGAUGCAACCUCCGCAAAACAUGAACCAGCUCUAUCCCUCCGAUUUAAUAAGCCAACCGUUCCAAGUGUCGGAGCUAGACCUGCCUCCUCCACCAAUUCAUCUACCUCCAAAUACCAGCGUCACGCCUUCACCGUAUGCAAAUUGUCCGCCAAAGUUUGUGCGAUCCACAUUGAACUGUGUUCCUACUACCCACAGCUUGCUCAAAAAGUCACGAUUGCCCUUCGCGUUAGUUCUCUCUCCAUACACAAGUUUGCAUGACAAUGAGGACCCAGUACCUGUAUGCACAGAUCAGGUCAUUUCUAGAUGUCGACGCUGCCGCUCCUACAUCAAUCCAUUUGUAACAUUUUUGGACCAAGGCAACAGGUGGAGAUGCAACAUGUGCAAUUUGACCAACGAAGUGCCUGAACGAUUUGACUGGGAUAGACAGACACAGCAGGCUGUGGAUAGAUGGCAGCGUGCUGAACUGAAUUACGCUGUCGUUGAAUUUGUCGCACCACAAGAAUACAUGGUACGGCCGCCACAGGCUUUGACUUACGUGUUCCUCAUCGACUGCAGCAGGAAGGCCAUCGACAAUGGCCUCCUGGGCACGGCUGCACGAACCAUCUUGGAAUCGCUCGAUGUUAUUCCCAAUGCGGACAAGCGAACGAAAUUGGCUUUCAUUGCUGUUUCUUCAAGCUUACACUACUUUUGCAUACCCCAGGAUGGCGGCGAGAGCAGUGAGCCCAAGAUGCUUGUCGUUAGUGAUCUAGAAGAGCCAUUCUUGCCAACGCCGGAGGAACUGCUGCCAAGCCUUCACGAGAGUCGACACUGCAUAGAGGUCUUUUUAGAAAAGCUUGGUGGCUCAAUGUUUCAAGAUUCCACAGAUCAAGGUUGUGCUAUGGGUUCUGCGCUACGCGCUGGACUACGUCUAAUCCAAAAUACUGGCGGCAAACUCACCGUGCUCUCUGCCUCGCUACCAAAUAUUGGCCAUGCAGCACUCACCGACCGUAAUGACCCGAAGCUGCUGGGUACGAGCAAGGAAGGAAGUCUACUCCAGCCGGCAAAUUCCUUUUACAAGAGUUUUGCGGUGGACUGUUCAAAGCAGCAGGUUUCGAUCGACAUGUUUUUAUUUGGUUCAUCAUACCAGGAUGUUGCAACUUUGUCGAAUCUGCCGCGUUACACUGGCGGCCAGACAUGGUUCUACCCAGGCUGGAUGGCCAGCCGAAGCGAAGAUGCCAUCAAGUUCGCCAAGGAAUUCACUGCGUAUCUGUCUGCGGAGAUUGGAUUGGAAGCCGUUUUACGAGUCCGUGCUACAACAGGUCUACGUAUGAACGCAUUUUACGGCAACUUUUUCAAUCGAUCCUCCGAUCUUUGCGCAUUCCCAGCAUUUCCUCGUGAUCAGAGUUUUGUGGUAGAGGUCGCGAUUGAUGAAAAUCUGACGAAACCAUACGUCUGCAUGCAAACAGCCGUUUUGCAUACGACAUGCAAUGGCGAGCGACGAAUCAGAGUCUUGACACUUGCUCUGCCGACAACCGAGGCGCUAUCGAGCGUAUACGCAUCCGCCGACCAACAAGCAAUUACUGCAUAUUACAGCCACAAAGCGGUAGAAAAAGCUCUGGGUAGUGGUCUUGACGCAGCCAGAGACUCGCUACAAUCAAAGGUCGUUGAAAUUAUGCAGACUUAUCGGAAAGAACUUGCGGGUGGUAACAUGGGAAGUGGCGGGUUACAGCUUCCAGCGAACUUGCGCGCGCUACCUGUUCUCUUCCUUGGCUUGAUCAAGCACGUUGGACUGCGCAAAUCCGUCUUGAUUCCAGUUGAUCUGCGCGCUGCAGCUCUGUGCCUCCUGUCCACCCUACCACUGCCUCUGUUGAUUCAGUACAUAUACCCUCGCUUCUACUCGAUUCAUGACAUGCCUGACAAUUGUGGCAUUCCCGAUCCAGACACAAAUGAGAUUGUUUUGCCGCCUCCCAUGAAUCUCAGCUCGGAACGCAUCGUGCCCUUCGGUCUAUACCUUAUUGAUGAUGGACAAACUCAAUUUCUCUGGCUUGGCCGAGACGCUGUACCUGCGCUCACUAAUGAUGUUUUCGGAACAGAAGAUAAGAACUUGGUCAGGCAAGGCAAGACCGUGCUUCCUGAGCUAGACAACGAGUUCAAUGAACGAGUGCGUAACGUUAUAGAGAAGAGUAGGGAUCACCGCGCAAAAGGAGUAGGCAGUAUCACCGUGCCACCAUUGUACGUGGUUCGCGAGGACGGAGACGGAAACAUGCGCCUGUGGGCCAUGACUAUGCUGGUUGAAGAUAGAGCGGAUCAGAGUGUCAGUCUGCAGCAGUGGAUGCACACGCUGCGGGAAAAGGUCGUACAGUGAUAGAGAUGAACAUUCGUGAAUUUUCCGGAAGUGGCAAUGGCUUAGCAAAAAUGCCCCGCUCAGUUGCUCUCAUUGGACUCGGCGACAAAAUUACGCUGUAUCAGAGCGUGAUUGAGGACAUUCCUGAUGAGAAGCAGGGGGGAGCUCUUGUGCGGUGUGUUCGAAGCUCUGUAAGUACCAAUGAAAACGAUAUACAGAAAUGCCAAUGCUAGCUUAAAUCAACAUGAGAAUUGACAUGUCCUAAUUCUUGAA